CACAGCACCACAAGGACCGAGCAGUCAGUCCUUGAGCACAGCUGUUGCGGCAGCAGCGGCGGUGGCAGCAGUGGUGCUGACAUUGGGACAGCGGUGUCAGGACAGUGGUGGCAGCAAGAGCUGGGGACUGGCAGAGGGCAAGGCACCAUGGCCCUUGCUCUGCGCCUCUUCCUCCCGCUCCUCCUGGCCGUGGCCCUGCCUGCCAGGGCUGCCCAGGCUGCUCCGCUGCAAGCGCGGGGAGCAGCUUGGGAUGGCGACAUGGCUUAUCCGGAUGCCGUACUGGAUGACAGCUUGAAUCUCUUGGAGAAUGCUGGAGGUCCUUCUCCAUGGAAGAACUCAGACAGCAGAGACAAGAAAUCCCUGGAGGCAGCCAGACAUCUGGACCAGAUGCUGAGUGAUCUGGAGAGACGCCGUGAGAUGAACCGAAAGGCUGUGCUGAAGGCAGCAUUUCCCGGAGGAAGCAGUGGCCCAUUGGCAGCCCCUGCUGCAGGAAGUGAGGCGAUGCCAGGCACAGUCACAGGAGAUGAGCAUGCUAGCAAGGCUUCCCCAGCAGCUGGGAUGGAAGAUGGUUUGGAACCCUUGGGAGCUUCUGCAGGUGUGUCUGCAGGGAGGACUUUUCAGGCUCCUUUCCUGGUUGCUGCGCACAAGCCCAGCUCCCAUCGCAGGGGUCCGCCGCGACGGAGGAACAGAUCUACUAAACACAUGAAGUCCCUGGAGGCAUCCAAACACAUGGACCAGAUGCUGAGUGAUGUGGAGAGACGCCGUGAGAUGGACCAAAGGGCUUUGCUGAAGGCAGCACUUCCUGAAGGAAGCUGUGGCUCCGUGCCAGCCCCCGAUACACGAAGGGAGGAGAUGCCAGACAGUGCCACAGAAGACGUUAUCACUGAAACAGGAAUAUUUGCCCCGGAUCCAGUGCGCCUCCCAAGAAUUGUCUGCCCCCAGGAUGUGCGCAGGUCCUGCAUGAUAGGCACGGUGGUGACACUGUUCACCGUGCCCCUCGUGCUGACAGGCUGCUAUCUUGGCAUUCGGAAGCUGUACCAGAGCAGACGGUCAGUUGUUGAUUUUUCUCCACAGCUUUCUUGUAACUCUGCUCAUAGCAUUGGUAGCCUGACUCGUAGUCAUGCUGCACUGGAGCUGUGGCCAGUCCGUGGUUGUCCAAAGAACUCUGCUGAGGGCUCUGCUGCUGCCCAGUGCUUUCAUUGGCCUCUUCAUUGCUGGGCCUUGUCCUGGGGGGCCCGCUGGGGCUGCAGCCAGUGCUGGCUCCCACUGAGGCUGCCAGGCCAAGAGCAGCCCCGGGGGCACAGGGCAGAGGCAGAGCAAGUUCUCAACAGUAUUUGGGCCACACAGCUCAGGACAGGACAGUGCUUAUUUAGUAGCUCAUGUAAAGUUUCAUGGUGACAAUGAUGUUACCAGACAAGCAAAUCUGCUCCAGUUCAGUGUUCAAACAAAUCCAACCUG